AAAGACGACCCUCUGUCUGUUCACGGAUGCAGUGUCAGGGGGCAUCCCCAGUGGGGGCCGCAGCCCUGACCGCUGUCCCAGUGGCCGGAUCCACUUGGGGUUUUUGAAGUUCCCUGUCGCUGAGUGGACUUGUUGGCGCCAUCGUCGUGGUGGUCGGACUCGGAGUGGCAGGCGUGUGGCACUGUCCGCUGUACUCUGGGGUUCUUCUGUCCAUUGUUAUUUUUUUACAAUCAUUGAAGCCGGGGGCUGAUCCUGUGCCCUCACGACAUUUGCACAAUAUUUGUGCCCAAGGUGGAGUCAGGGACAAGCUCCGGGACCUCUUCAGUUUCGGGGGGCUUCUCUGGUCCGUGUUGCCAGCCCUGUUCUGGCCAUGGCGCGGAUGAACCGCCCCGCCCCCGUGGAGGUCAGCUAUAAGAACAUGCGUUUCCUUAUCACCCACAACCCCACCAAUGCCACCCUCAGCACCUUCAUCGAGGACCUGAAGAAGUACGGGGCCACCACCGUGGUGCGCGUGUGUGAAGUGACCUACGACAAGGCCCCACUGGAAAAGGAUGGCAUCACUGUGGUGGACUGGCCAUUUGACGAUGGGGCGCCUCCGCCUGGCAAGGUGGUGGAGGACUGGCUGAGCCUGCUGAAGGCCAAGUUCUGCGAUGACCCGGGCAGCUGCGUGGCUGUGCACUGUGUGGCUGGCCUGGGACGGGCCCCCGUGCUGGUGGCGCUGGCCCUCCUGGAGAGCGGGAUGAAGUAUGAAGAUGCCAUCCACUUCAUCCGACAGAAGCGCCGUGGAGCCAUCAACAGUAAACAGCUCACCUACCUGGAGAAGUACCGGCCCAAGCAGAGGCUGCGUUUCAAGGACCCGCACGCACACAAGGCCAAGUGCUGCGUGAUGUAGCACAGGCCCUGGCGCCUCCCUCCCGCCUUCUCUUUGGCAGGCAGGCAGGCAGGCGUGGCAGAGCCAAGGAGUCCUGUGGCCCACCUGAGCCUGUGCCCGGCCUGGCCAUCUCACCAGUGCCUGCUGUCUAGCCUGGCUGUUGCCGGGGAACGGCUUCCUAACCACUAGGCGCAGCUCCCCCUCCACAGCCCCCGGUCCUUCCCCAUCCUCAGCACCUUAAAUUAUUGGCUCCUGGCAGCCAGCUGCUGCUGAUGUCCCUUGAAGGCAAUAAAAUGGGAACCGUG